AUGGCAAAAGACGUUGAAGUUGCUGAACGUGGCUCUUUCUCCAACAAAGACUACCACGACCCUCCUCCAGCACCACUCAUUGACGCUGAAGAACUCACAAAAUGGUCCUUUUACAGGGCCCUUAUUGCUGAGUUCAUUGCCACUUUACUUUUCCUUUACGUUACUGUUUUGACCGUGAUUGGUUACAGUAUCCAAACUGAUGUUAAAGCUGGUGGUGAUGAGUGUGGUGGUGUUGGUAUUCUUGGUAUUGCUUGGGCUUUUGGUGGCAUGAUCUUUGUUCUUGUUUACUGCACUGCUGGAAUUUCAGGGGGUCACAUUAACCCAGCAGUGACAUUUGGGCUAUUUUUGGCUCGGAAGGUGUCUUUGAUCAGAGCGGUUAUGUACAUGGUGGCUCAGAGUUUGGGGGCUAUUUGUGGAGUUGGGUUGGUUAAGGCUUUUCAGAGGUCUUACUUUGUUAGAUAUGGUGGUGGAGCUAAUUUUCUUCAUGAUGGUUAUAGUACUGGUGUUGGAUUAGGUGCUGAGAUUGUUGGUACCUUUGUUUUGGUUUACACUGUUUUCUCUGCUACUGAUCCUAAGAGAAGUGCUAGAGAUUCUCACGUCCCGGUUUUGGCUCCACUUCCCAUUGGAUUUGCUGUAUUCAUGGUUCAUUUGGCAACCAUCCCAGUCACCGGAACCGGCAUUAAUCCUGCUAGAAGUCUUGGUUCUGCUGUAAUCCUCAACCAAGAUAAGAUCUGGGAUGACCAUUGGAUAUUUUGGGUUGGACCAUUUAUCGGGGCAGCCAUUGCAGCGUUCUACCAUCAAUUCAUCUUAAGAGCAGGUGCUGCAAAAGCUCUUGGAUCAUUCAGGAGUAGCAAUGCUAAUUGA